AUGGCCGCCUUUGACGACAUUGUCGGCCUCCGCUACCUCAAGGCCCUGCACCUCAACGACAGCAAGGCCCCGUUUGACUCGCACCGCGACCUCCACGCCAACAUUGGCACCGGCUUCCUCGGCCUGCGCGCCUUCCACUCCGUCGUCAACUAUGCGCCCUUUGCCGGCCUGCCCAUGGUGCUCGAGACGCCCAUCGACCGCAAGGGGCCGGACGGCAAGUCGGUCGAGGACAGGCAGGUCUGGGCCGACGAGAUCAAGCUGCUCGAGAGCCUCAUCGGCAUGGACGCCGAGAGCGACGCCUUUGCCGCCCUCGAGCGCGAGUUGCAGGACAGGGGCGCAGCGGAGAGGCAGAAGAUCCAAGACCAAGUCGACAAGAAGACGGCCAAGGAGACGAAAAAGGCGGCGCCCAAAAAAACGGCUGCGAAACCCAGGGGGCGGAAGAAGAAGGAGGAGACGGACGACGAGAGCGACUGA